UACAACAGCUGAGAAAGCAGACAGACCAUCACCCAUCUCAACAAUGAAGUCAGCAGCUCUCCUCGUACUUCUGGCUGUCCUGCUCUUCGUAGAUGUGAGAGGGCAACUGGAUUCUCGGGGAAGAUGCAAGUGCCAGGGUGCAGGGGUGAAUGCCGUUCGCCCAAACCGCAUUGAGAGGCUAGAGGUGUUACCCCCUUCCUCGGCAUGCCCCAAUCUGGAAAUCAUUGUCACUCUGAAGGAGAUCGAAGGACAAAAGUGCCUGAAUCCAGAGAGCAGUUUUGCCAAGAAUUUCAUCAAGAAAGCCAUCAAAAAGAGGAGUAUGCAGUAAAUUCCAUCGGAUCUCUCUCUGAUUCUAGAGGCAGCUAAUAAUGAAAAUGCACUUUCUUUCUCUACACAAGAGCAUAAUAAAGACUCCUAUUUUUUGUUUUUAUAACAUGGAUGUUAUCUCAGAAUACUUUUAUAUUUAUUUGCAUGUUAUAUUUGGGAUGUGUAUUACUGUCCAGUGUCUAUUUGGUGAAAUGUUGUUUAAAUUUGUUUCUGAAAAUAUCUAUACUGAAAGUUGAAAUAAUGUAUACCAUGCUGAACUGAUGUGUCUUAAUUGCUUGAUUAUGUUUUAAAUAUAAAGAAGGAAAUAAAACUUUACAAAAAAGA